UCACCACAAUUCGUGGGCAACGUGAACGAAUGCGGCGUUGGCGAGCGGAUUGAGUUUGUUAGUGGCACAGGAGACGCAAGAAGACGAUCUCGACGGUCCCGCGGACAUCUAUGUCCCCACCUAUGGAUGUCGACCCUCAAACUCAGCAGAUCUUACCUGUCAAGUCUCUCCGGAGCAUCACAAUCCACGCCAAUCCAUCUGUCCUUCUCCCACUCAGCUGUCUCAUCCGAAAUGCCCUAUCAGCGCAAUUUGACCGCAUUUCUUGAAUCUUGA